AUGGCUGAGCUCUACGAUUGUGCAGAGUGUACAAAGUCUCUGUAUGGACAGAAGUACAUCCUGAAGGACGACAACCCGUACUGUGUGAUGUGCUACGAGGAUCAAUUCUCCAGCAACUGUGAAGUGUGCCACAAGCUCAUUAGCUGCACCAGCAAGGAUCUCUCGUACAAGGACCGCCACUGGCACAGCGAAUGCUUCCUCUGCAUCAAGUGCGAGCGGUCGCUGGUGGAUCGGCCUUUUUCCACCAAGGACGACAUGCCGAUGUGCAUCGAGUGCUACAGCAGCGAGUACUCCUCCAAGUGCCAUGCGUGCCUCAAGACCAUCAUGCCAGGCUCCAAAAAGAUGGAGCAUAAGGGCAACAGUUGGCACGAGAAUUGCUUCACCUGCAACCGUUGCCAGCAGCCCAUGGGCAUCAGGAGCUUCAUCCAGAAGGAAUGCAACAACUACUGCCUGUCCUGCUAUGAGAAGCAGUUUGCCAUGCAGUGCAUCCACUGCAAGAAGCCCAUCACCACUGGAGGAGUGAACUACCGGGACCAGCCCUGGCACAAGGAGUGCUUUGUGUGCAUCGGCUGCAAGCAGCAGCUGGCCGGCCAGCGGUUCACCUCUCGGGACGACUUCGCCUACUGCCUUGACUGCUUCUGCAACCUGUUUGCCAAGAAAUGUGCCUCCUGCACCACCCCGAUCAGUGGUCUCGGGGGCAGCAAGUACAUCUCGUUUGAGCAGCGUCAGUGGCACAACGACUGCUUCAACUGCAAAAGGUGCUGCGUGUCUCUGGUGGGUCGAGGUUUCAUGACGUGCAAAGAGGACAUCAUCUGCCCCGACUGCGUCAAAGACUUCUGA